AUGUCAUCCUUUUUUACAGUUCCAAACUCGGCUAAAAAACGCAAACGUACCGCAGUUUCUGCCUCCGGAGGUAAACACAAAAAAUCGAGGGAAAGCUAUCUUCAGGAUAGGUCUGGUGGUAAAAAGGCAAAGCCGGUGGACGACGAGGAUAUAUCUAGCGAAUCGGAGGGCGAAAGUGAGGAUGGAAAAGCUAUCGCCACAGAUGAUGAGGAGGAAGACGAAUAUGAGGGAGAGACUGCUGCCGAGAAACGAUUGAGGUUGGCGCAGCAGUAUCUGGACAAUUUGAAGCAGGAAACAGAUGAAAUGGGGUUUGAUGCAGCAGAUAUAGAUCGUGAUAUAAUUGCGACCCGUCUUAGAGAGAGCGUUGCGGAAGAGAAAGGCAAAAUCUACCGUCGUCUGGCAUCGCAAUUCUCCUUUGACACCGCUACAACAACUCUCUUCCGUAUGAAUUGUGGUUCAACCACUGCAAUUGCUACCCGCGAUCCAUACAUCUACACCGUAACUAAGGAUCGUCAUCUUGUGAAAUGGACUCUCCCUCCUUACCCACCUCCGCCUGCCACGGGAAAUUUUACGCCUGCCAAAAAGCCAAAGCGAGUUCUCUUCGCCCGGGGUGGCACAAAGCAUGAUGCCGAAUUUAACGGACAUAUCGACGACAUUCUCUGUGUUGCUGCAUCCCAGGACGGAAAGUUUAUUGCGACAGGUGGAAAAGAUAGUAGACUAGUGGUUUGGGACGCGGAAACCUUGAAGGUUUUAAAGGUCUUCAAGCACCACCGAGCAGCAGUAAGCGGUGUGGUAUUUCGACGUGGAACAAAUCAGCUAUACUCCUGCGCGAAUGAUCGUACAGUAAAACUCUGGAGCUUGGAUGAAUUGGCGUAUGUUGAGACACUAUUUGGACACCAAGACCAAGUUGUUGGAAUCACAGCCUUGAAUGCAGAACGUUGCAUUACGGUUGGUGCCAGGGACCGUACUGCAAGAUUAUGGAAGAUAGUAGAUGAGACUCAACUCGUGUUUCGCGGUGGCGGAGGAAGUACUGGUGAUUCUAAGAAGCCGAAAAGGGAUAAGAAUGGUAAUGAGAGAUAUGAAGAGGGAAGUAUAGAUUGUGUGGCGAUGAUCGAUGAUGAGUAUUUUGUCACCGGGAGUGAUAAUGGUAAUAUAUGUCUUUGGUCUGUACACAAGAAGAAACCUGUCCACACCAUAUACUAUGCCCACGGCCUCAAUCCUGGACCAACACCAAAUCAAUCUUCAGCCGAAACCAACCCUGAUCAAAAUCCGCCUUGUCCUCCUCAGCCUCGUUAUAUCACUGCGCUUGCCGCAGUCCCUUACUCUGAUUUGAUUGCUUCGGGGUCAUGGGACGGACAUGUGCGUAUCUGGAAAGUCUCUGCGGACAAAAAGAAGCUCGAGCGUGUUGGCGCAGUUGGCGUUCCCGAUAAUUCAGACAAAGAGAUUGUUAGAGGAGUAGUAAACGGACUCUCGAUCUUCGAGAGAGGAGAAAAGGGGAAAGAGGGAUUGGUAAUAUGUGCAGGAACUGGGCAGGAAGUGCGGUUGGGAAGGUGGAUGAAGCUUGAAGGCAGGAACGGCGGGAUGGUUCUAGAGAUUCAGAGGAAGGCUCUUGAAGAGAAAGCAACGACCGCUAAUGAGGAGACAGAAGAGGCCGAAUAA